GAUUAGCUUAGUCACUGCUACUAGAUGGCGCUGAUACUCAUUGUUUGAUACCAACUUAUAGAUUUAUCUUCGAAUGAAAUUAUUAAGCCAUGUGAUAGAUUACGUUUUAUGUAGGUCUUAAUUCAACUUAACGUCGCCUUUCAAACGUCAGGCCAUGUCAGUUGCUAUAUUAUUUAUUAUGCUUUUCACAUCGUGCAAAUCUCUUUCGCAAUUCAUUCGCCAUGUCCGGCUUACACGUCUUUGUCUGAAUCAAAAAAGGUAGUCGCAAUAUAAUGACUAAUACUUAAUAGAAAGAGUAGGCGGAGAAUUUGUUAGUCUAAACUGUCAGUGUACAUUAGAUUCAACAAGCUGAUAACAUUUGCAUUUUGAUUAGCAUUUACUGAUUUCGCGGAAGUACUUUCUUACCGUGUCGUCACUAUAUUAAAUACUUCUUCAAUUUUGAAAUAUACGUGAAAACAGACUGACGUGACUUUAUUGCGAAACGGCUAUACGCGCUAAAUCAAUUAGCUCACUCCCGUUUGAAGGCAUAAACAUAUGGAGCUUACUCCACCGCUCCAAGUCUUUUGUAGAUCAUUUACGAUAGUAUAAAUUUCAGAAUGAGUGUCCGAUGCAGCUUUACUUACAAUUAACUGUAUAAUGAAUGUCGUAGUCUUGUAGACGGAGUAUGGGAAUGAGGAACCGCAAUCCACAUUGGUCUCUCGAUUUGUGGGGUCAUUCACUUAGUUUUGUGUUAUGACUGAUUUGGCGAACAUACCGUUACAUUUUUAGCCGGCCAGUGUUACUGUAUCUACUGCAAACAGAAGCCUAUGUACAUGACCUUAUGUCUUAUUUGUAGAAAUUUUCAAGGCUCAUGGUAAAAUCCUUAUCUUAUUUUUUUGACACUUUACGAACUGUCUCAGUUACUUAGAAUCGUUUGAAACAGUAACAAGCGUGAUUUUUUUAUUAAUUACAACCUCAUUAUAAAACGGCUUGUUAUACACAUUCUCAGUUACCAGAAACAGAAAGGUAAACCUUAUUGAUUUUAAUUAGUUCACUAAUUAAAAUAAAUUGCAAACUUAGUAAUUAAUUACUCGUUUGACGUUAUAUUUUUUAUGAUUAUUUGUUUACAAGAUUAAUUAGCCAAGUUAGCAAACUAAGGUAAACUUUUUUCUUGUUAUACGCUAUUAAAAGUUAGGAAUUCAGACGCGGGUAAUAAAUUAAUCGAAGUUUUUAGUAGUUCAAAAAAAAUGUUUUUUUUUUAUUGAGCGAGUAACAUCUGCUAGCAUUAUUUAUACAGAGUACAAUAACAAAGUUAGAUUGACCCUUAUUUGUAUUUGUUAUGCACCCUACUCCUAUUGAGAGGCUCGUGACGUAUCGUUCGAACUGAAGUUGGCGCGCAUGCGUACGUCAGUUACGGGCGCUGCGCCUGCGCGUUUGACGCUUUACACGGCGGUGCUGUAGUCGUGAUCCGAUUAACAACUGUCUUUACUUGUGUUUGUCACGUGCAAAAACAAUGUGGAAAGUGGUUGUUAAUAAAAUUUUCUAAGUAACUUGUAUCCUUUCUGACUUACAAUAAAAAAAUCGAUCGUAGACGCGAAAUAUGAGGUGUUUUAACCCUCGAUGUGUCAAAGUGUAUAGUGAUGAAGGUGCCUAAAUUACCAUAGUGUACAUAUUUCGAACACUACAUAAAGGAUACAUUGAGAAACGAAAAUGCGGAUCAAGACACACUCAGAUUUUCGCCCGAAUGGGCCACCGCCACGGCUGGGGCUGAAGGCGGCGAGCCCCGGGGUGGCAGGCACCGACGAGGACUGCAACAGCAACACCAGCCUCACCGGGAGCCAGCACUCGACGCACGAUGACAUCGAUGCGCACUGCGACAACUCUGGGUACCUCUGGUUCCUCGACUAUAACCCAAUUUUUCGAGACGGUUCCUGCCACCACACCUCAGUGCUGUCAUCCGUGUCGGCCUCUUACAAAGGCAUAAGCGACCUAACAUCACGAUUCGAAUUCACGUCCCGCUACAACGACAUCGCGAGAGACCUCGACGCGAACCUUGCCGAGGCCGACAUGGAGAGUUUUAGGACUGAAGACAUCCACGCACUGUUGAUGACCGCCAACUUGCCUCACGACACCAUCAUUGACGACAGGACGCAUGAUAGUAACCCCCGGGGCGAGAUGUUCGCGAGCAUCUCUAGCUCUCUCAUGGAAAGGUUUCGAUUCGACAGCAGUGUCAGUGCCGACAGUAGUUUCCAGGGUGAAGAAUCUGUCGGUUCGAUUAACACAAUGUCGAUAUGCAAGUCGGAACUUCUGUUCUCCCCCGUAAAAGAGGGCGGUCACGGCGUUCACUUCAGCGUGGACAGCCUUGACUGCGAGCUGCCCUCCGAGCAGGACCUCAUCCUCACCUGCCAGGCCAACAAGGACAACUACACCAUCGCAUUUGAGGGCAGUCUCACCACAUACUCUGAGGACAGUGAGUGCGUUGAACCGGCCGUCAAUCAAAAACAUGACAAAUUGGGCGAGGAAGACACCUUAGUUUUAGAUAACGAUGAAAGAACGCGCAGGAAUUUAGAAUUAUUAGAGAGAUGUAAGAAAUUAACUAAUAAGCUAACUACGUCUAUGGCAAGGAGCGAUUUAGGAUUAACUACUUGGAGUAAGCUUAAGAAACAAACAAGUCAGUCACCCUUAAGGAGACACCCAUCGGGAAACAAUAAUGAAGGUUCACACGAAGCGACUGAUGCAACAGACGACAACAUGAGCAAUUCAGUUAUCAAAAGCCAAAGUUUGCCAAACCUGUACAGGAGGAAACUUAUGAGUAGUUCCAUAAAUUCGGCAGCUCUAAGUAAUUCAACGGUUGACUCGUUCACGGUGAAUCAACGACUUACAGGCAACCCCAUGUGCAUGAAAGUAUACGAUGUUUCGCAACACCGAUCGACCCAAGGAAGCCAACACUCGGAACCUAUGAGCACAUCUUCAACUGAAAAUCAAACGUCUUCUGAUAAAAGUCAGCCAAAACAAACAUUUAGCUUGGUUAAGUUAUUUAUGAAACAAAAGAGCAUGAGCAACGAUGGUAUUGUUAGCAUGGAGCAGUUAGACAGAUCAGAGUGCUGGCCGUCGAGCUCGGGCGGCGAGAGUGGCGAGUCCAUGGGAGAACAGAAACUCUCAGAUUCGAAAACAGCAAUCUCUGAACGGCCACAGAUAGAUAUACCUGCUUCUGAAGUAGAAGAAACCUCUUCUGUUGUGUACGAAGAGAUCCCUUCGAGUAUUAAUCCAUAUAAUAACAGAGUAUACGACGAAGUAUUAAUUGAAGAAGAGGAAACUGGCGAUGGUGUAAAAUUAAGUGAUAGUGAAUCGAGUAACCUUUAUGCCACCGUUAGCAAACCUCACGUUAAGAGAACUAAUUUAAACGUCGUAAAUAGUCCGUCUAGAAUGAGAAGCAACAGAAAGUCUUGUUCCUCUCAGUCUUCAGCAACUAGCGUUAGUAUUUCCAGCUGUUCCGAAUCUGAUGGAACACAAAUUACCAGAAUGAAUAGACUUUUGCAACGUGAACAGUGUGACAAUAAAUCAACGUCCACUCAUCUUGGUUCAGAUACUAUUGAUAAAAGCAUUCAAACAUCUAGCAUGCAAGUAUCAAGUGUAUCACAAAGAGAAUUAUUUAAGAUCGUCGAACCGUCAUUUUUAGAAAAACUAAAAGAAGGGGAUUGUGAAAAACCUGUUUUCGUGUUAUAUCCUAAUUAUACUCUCCCAGAUAUAAGUUUCCUUAAUGGAAGACCCAAUAUUUAUUUAAAUCCGCUAAAAGUAAACGUUUCUCCAAGAUCGAAUGAAAGCAAGAGAAACCGAUUGCAAGUGAAAGGCAAGCGCCCGUUUUCAUGCAAUGACCUUGAAGCUUUAAAGAAAAAAGGACUCGGACAUAUAAGAGAUUGGGAUUCACUCAACUUCUUACUACCUAUGGAAUGCAAGCAAUUAUUGUCCGAGGUCCCUGAACUUAUGCAUCACGUAAAAGAUAAAGAAGUUGCGCCGAAAUGUAACGACAAGUUUUGCAGCGCGGCACCAUCUUCGAGGUCUAAGAACCGACCCAUGAGCUGCGACUGCAAUAACUUGGCUGGAAAUACUACAGCUGUAUCUUCAAGCUCGAGCACAGCUACUCAGCCCUCGUCAGGUUACCGUGGUUCAUCAACCAUGCUAACAGAUUCGUCAGCCCAGAAUAGCCCAGCACCAGCUGGUAAUUUCAACCCUUUGUUUGUAUACCGCUACGAUAGUGCCACAAGUUCAGAGGCGAGUGGCGUUAAUAAUGAGGGACAGAGAAUUAAUCCAAAUAUUCCAAAACGAUCACUAUCCUUGGCGGAUCAAAACCGCAUUCUCAAACAAGGAGAAUUAGCACCUCCGAGGCCACCACUGCCUAAAAGUAUAUUGCGCAAGUCAAUGGAUAAAACACGGAAAUCCAACGCACAUACCAAACGAUACAGCAUGUUUGAAAUGGAUGACCUUAUCCAAGAUCCGGUCGUCUGCAUGACCGCAGCCACGGAACAUAAAACUAAAAGAAGAUCUUUACAAGAACCCUACUACUUACAAAACCCUACAGAGUACAGAAAGAACAAUGAUAUAGCUGCUAAGAGAUUAUCACAACAGUUUCUUGAUGCAGCUGAGAAGGACGCCGAUUAUAAUGAAUACUAUCCAGAUGAAGGUGUGGGAACGGAAAGCAGCCUUGAAUCUGGAAAAUCAAAUGAACUGAAGUUCCAUAGGCCACAUACUCCACCGUUGCCUAAACCAAGAACUAAGAAAAUGGAAUACACAGAGUUCCCACCUCCCGGCGCACUUAUCAGCAGCGCAGAUUUACAACAGCUAGAAGAAUUCCUAAAGCACAGUGGAUUUAACUGUCUUAACAUGGAUGAGUGGGAUCAAAAUCAAAUGCAAAAGGUAAGAAAUCAGGUGACCAAAUUCCUCCAAAUGAAGCGAUCUCAGGAGGAAAAUCAAAGGUCCACAGAAUCCAGCGGAAGUAGUUGUAACAGUAAGAAAUCUGUGAGUUUUGCGCAGAAAUCUGAGGCCACCAGGGCCGAUGGGCAACCGUCUCAAUUAAAACCAACGGAAGAGAUAAAAGCCAGUCUAACGACGCCACCUAACUCGCCCAACAUAUCCGCUGUGAUAGCACAGAGGCUGUACCAGGGCAAGAAUCUAGCUGAAAUUCCAAUCUGUGAGGAAGCGGAAGUUAGCCCGGAUGAAUUUGGAAGUCCCAUCCGCCAUGAUACUAGGGCAAAAUAUGAUGUCAUUGAUGUGUCACAAAAGAGAGCUUUAGUCUCCAACGUGACCGAUGCUGUUGAAAUGUUAAUUCAACAUUUCUCGUCUGCUACGGACCAAGCUGAGUUAGCGUUUUUGGGUGACUCCAAAGAUUCUCCAGCUUGCGCCAAAAUUGCACUCAACGCGCUAUGCCCAGCUCUAUACGCAAUAUUCAGGGAUGGCCUUAAAGAAAAUAUCGAAACCUCGUUUGGGGCUGUUAAUAACUCUGUAUGGCAGAUGGUUGAAGCUACUGCGAGGCAAGGUCCAAUAACAAAAUCUCUAAACGAGUUGGUUUUGAGAAUCAACAGCGAAGAUGCAGUCACCGAAGGACUUGUCAAGUUUAACGCUUUCAUCCUUGGACUGCUGAACGCGCAGUCUGUAGAUGCUUGGGUGUCGUAUGUUCGAACCCGGGAGUCAGUACUCGCCAAGCACUACAGUCCAGAUUCUCUGAUCCUCGCCGGUUGUGUGGGAGAGACGCGAUGCCGGGCACUGCUAGAUACUCUACUUGCCAGCUUGGAACCGCUGAAGCUCUUACCUUUCUCGCUCGAUCUCAUGUUUGAAAUGCGUGAGCUACACAGAAGUUUCAAGAAGAUUGAAAGCGACAUGCGUGCCGCCAGUCGGCCCACUUCGAUUAACACUCCACCACUAACACUGAACCAGCGGAAUUUGCUGAAGCUGGUGCGUUCGAUGCAGUCGAGCGGACUCUCAAGCGACGACUGCCAAACCAGUGUCAUAAUGAGACACAAAGAGCCUAAAAACAAAGAGCCAUCCACACCUGACCUGCUAAACGAUUCAGCGAACGUUAAGACCACUGUUGAAAAGAACAGACCGCGCUCAUGCGUCAAUCCGUCAGCGAUUGGUUAUGACAUUUGUCCAAAUAAUAGCAGGAUAGAAAUGGAAACAAACCGCAGAUGGUCCGGGGUACACUUGGGCUCUAAAUUAAUGCAAGCUUUCGAUAGGCUCGUAUUUGAUGACAGUGAUGAUUACACAGAUAGCCUAGAAAACAAUAAGCCUCCCGCUAAGCUCUCCAGCAAUGAAGUAAAGCUGGAGUGCAGCGGGGAGGAGCAAUGGCGGCCAGGGUCGGCCAGCAGCGGAGCUAGUGCCAACACUGGUAACGGUAGCGGCAACUCAGGCGGCAAGUUCAGACGCCUGCAGCUUAAAUGGGAAAUGCUGAGCAAUGCGGAAAGCCCAGUCACCCCGUCAGGAGAGACAUCUCCGGCAGCGGCGCGAGGCUCGAAGAUCCCUCGGCCCGUGUCCUCACCAGUGAGGCCAGUGGCUCCUACUCUGCAGUCUCCAGCUAAGAAUGCUCAUAGGGGUAUUCCAGUCCCAGUUCGCAAGGGUACAUCACCUACCACAACAACUCCGAGAGCUUCCACAGCGCCCGCGCGAGGCGCCACUGCGACCAAGAAACCGCCGCAAGCUGCCAACAGAACUUUACCCGAGAUGACGGCGAAGAGGCCAAUAGCGAAGCCAAGAAUACAAAACGAUCCAGUUUCUAGAUACCCUACUGAUAAGAGAAUACCGACGUCUCGCGUGGACGGCGCAGGCCCUGGCUCCGGCGGCGGCGCGCCCCGGCCGGCAUCACUGCCGUACGGCCGCACGCCGCCUCCUGCCGCGCCGCGCCGCGCUGCGUCCUCCUCCGCCGCGCGCAACCACCACUCCAACACGCACAAGCAUAAGUACGUGAGGACGUUGUGGCAUCGGCUACCUUCAGACUCGGGACACCUAGCCUUCAACGAGGGCGAGCGUCUCAGGCUAAUACUAGAGGUAGACGACCAGUACUUGCUAUGUUGCCGCGGGGAACAGAAAGGGCUAGUACCACGCGAUGCAGUGUUGUUAGAAGACUUCUGAUAUUGGCAGCCCUAGCACGACUGGCAGCCAAUAUGGCGCCCGUUACGCUUGAACGGCAACUUUGGAAGACACUAAAUUCAGGGACACGUUGCAUUUCGACUUACACUUUUCACACGACUUGGGAUUCGAGUAAUAAAUUAGGGUCUUCAACGUAAUUUAUCACAAUAAUUCCGUCGGCGAAAAGUGUAAGUAUGAAGUGAACGCUAACAUUGUGCAAUAGGUUUCGGAGUGAGAAUUCAAUUGAUCGUGGAACUAUGUCGUAUCGUUUGGGAUGUGUUGAAACUUUGUGCUGUCGAAUCGGUAUGUGUUUGUGAUCGAGAACUAAGCUGUUCAAAGACAAUGUGAAUAUAAUAUUUAAUGUAAUUCUAUGUUUCAUACUCUACUCCACUAGAUUGGAGAGGCUAUUUUUACGUCUUAAUCAUUAUUUAAAAAUUAUUUAAUUUGAUGUUGCCUUACUCAGCAAUAUCCAUUUCUUCUGCGCAGAAUCUUAACAUCAUUAAUUAUAUCUGACAUUUCUAAUUAUAGUAGUAAAAUCUAGUCUUACGAUUUAAGGCACGACAAGGUCUUGGACUGUAUAUACAUUUAUUUUAAGUAACACAAAUUGUGGGAAUAUUUACUGGGAAUGACCGAGCGUAAUACAAAAUCAGUUAUCACGCAUUAACAGUAAAUAUUCAUCUCAAUAAUAUGUGAUAUAUAGAAUACUAUUUACUUUAUGGUAGGAACAAAAUCUCAUACCUUAAGGGCAAACUCCAUCGUAUCUUAAAGUAUUCGUAACUCAUCACUGCAGAGAGAGCGACGCGCAUGUACUUUGGUGUUUAGAUAAAUUACGUAAAUGUGAAUUUGAUGUCUAAAAUAUAUCCCUUGAUAUUAUCAGUAUAUAAUUAUGUAUGAUAUACUAAUUACUGCCUAUUGGUAUUAGUGAUGUAACAUGGUAGGUGUACAAUUAAAGCAACAUUUUAUAAUACAUUGGUAACUAAGAACUGUAGCAUUACUAUUGGGGUUUUAUGAAGUCGGGUACGACGAUGUAAUCGCAUUUCUACUUAGCACACAGAUUUUAACUGGUUCUGGUACUAACAGCAUGCAUCCUCUCCUGAGCGCCUUCCUCCGGUCUGUGGUGAAGGGUUUCUAUAACUAGGGCGGUGUGGGUUUAACACAUAUACAUAACUAACUGCAUGGCCACUUCCACUUUACCUCUCCUUACCUUGCCUACACUUCCAACUGAUAGGUCUUCUUAAGGUGGCGACGUAUACUUACUCCUACACAUCGCUACUUUAAGCUCAGCAUACUUGAAUAUUCCAUCCACUAUACGCUGUCCGUGCCCGCUUCUCUCUAUGUAAAUUAUUAACGAUAUUAAAUCAAUUAUGAUGUCGAUAUUGGUAUUAAGAUGAGGUCGUCAUCUAAAACGUCUGCUUAACAGUCACGAAUAUUAUUGUGAUAUAAUGGUCAUAUCACUGCUAUUAAAUGAUGCGGAGAGAAACGAUAUUUUUGGUAUGUAUUGUAUUUUAUUGCUCAAGUCGGGAUCGUAACAUUAUCGGAUGAUAUGAUUGAUAUUAAUAUUCGAGACGUAUCGUUCUAAUGUAAUUAUACCUAUUAUAAAUCUCAGUAUUCGUUUGUCGUAAAGUGAUUGUACAUAAUAUUGAAGUUAUUCUUAGUAGUCAUUUUAGAGGUCAAAAUUUGUAACAAACCUUUUGAUAGCACGAUACAGUUCCUGUAGUAGUCCGUCGUGCUCGAGUCACAGCGUCGUGAUCAUGUAGUGGACAUACUCGUAGUGAGCUAAAUUAUAUUAACGAUGUACGCAUCGCACGCGCAGUCUCUCUCGAAGCAGUGGUGAUGCAUCUACUCUUGCCAACUACGCUCCCUGAACAUUAUGUAGGCUUGUCUGCCGACACCUUAGACAAAGUGGACGUAAGUUGACACAAACUAGUUCUGUACAAUAGAUUAAUCUAAACAAUAACUAGGCUAAUAAUGUUAUCUAAAUUAUAGUUGGAAUAUUAUUUAGCUGACCGUAACCUCCGUGCUGUGGGAACGGCGCCCGAUUGUAAUAUACGAUUCAUUACUGUUAGGGUUAAUUCGCGCUUUGUGACUGAAUGAUGUGUUGUGGCCUUUGUAUGUAAUUAAAGUUAUAUAGUGUUACUCUGUCGUGUGUGUGCGCUUGUUGCAUCAGUCGAAGUAUUCAUUGUAUCGUAUACUUCAACGUUAAUUAGCAUGGGGUAUGCUUCCACAAAUUAUUUAUUAUAGUAAUCGAAACUCCUAAUUAGCCGUUAAAGUAUUAGUCGAACAAACAUGCCUUAAAGUCAUCAAGUAAUAGGUAAUGGCGAGAGCUCGUAGGUGUUCGCUUUGCGACCGCUUCGCCAGUAAUGCUUCGCAACUAGUAUCCAUCGCAGUACCAUAGAGGAGUUAUUAGGCGUAAGUUUUUAUCAACAGUUUGUAUUAUUGAAUGAUGUUGAACUGGAUUUUUAUAAAAUGACAUCCUGCGCGUUCGUUUUAAGGUAUUGUUGGAUACACUAUGUGGUGAGUCAGUUGUCCUUAUGGGUACAAAAGGUUAAGUUAUUGUACUAUUUUGUGAGUAAGGUUUUAUUUAUAAUUUUUACGAUUGGGAUCAAUAAGUUGAAUUUUGUGUUGAAAACUUUAUUUUCUUAAAAAAAAAGUAAAAAUAAAAAGAGGCUUUCGUUAUGAUACGAAACGUCAACGAACGACUGAGAAAUUAUUCCGAAUAUUAUAAUUAAGUUUGUAUCGAAAA